AUGACGUCGACAACCCUGUCAACACAGGUCCCGCAUACAUCAUCUCCUACACUCAACAUGUUAACGUCCCCAUGUCUUCACACAAUGUCCAAACCCGAUGAAUUAGAAAGUGCCCACGAUGGCGAUACUGCACGUAAGGCCGACUGCCAAGUCAAUGCUGAACCAGCGACCCCCGAAGGCCCAACUGACAGCCAUGUGCUGUCGCAAGUCGAACAGGAUGAAAAAGGCCUCGCACAGAAAGCCGGCGACACCGAUGAAAUUACCAAUGUCGGAUGGGGCGUUUCGCCCGACGUUAUUGAAGAGUCCUUAGUUGCUGGGUUGUCGAAUGAAGACUUGUGGAUGCUUAUUCGGCGAUUCGACCAGCAAGUCUACAGAGUCAAGGCUAUGCCUGAUACUCCCCUUCAAAACCUGGAUCUAACGCGAACUGAUGACGAUGAAUUUUCUCCGGAUAAGCUUCGGGCUACGAUGGAGCGAUUCUACAUCACCGUUGUCGUUUACCUCGCUGCAUGGCUUCUAGAUCUAUUAGCUCCGACCAUGUUUGCAGUUCUACUUGCCUUAGUGGUGCACAAACCACUGCGACCGCUGAUGUUUCCUCCAGCGCCAAUAGCUCUCGUGGACAAAGAUACGGGUGGCGUCCAAAAACCAAAAGCAGGGAUCCUUGGCUCCCACGACAGCAUCACUGGCGCACCUGAGAAAUUCAAGGGUGAGGCAGCUGAGCAAGAAGCAAGCAACUUGGUUGCAAGUGUCGCCAGCGUGGCUGUGGGCAGCGCAGUUGGGAAACACGACCAAGGAGUGCCCGAUGAUGCACCCUUUGAAGAUGACGUGCCUGAUGCCAUGGAUAUCGUCGCCAAUACUGCUGAUGCACAAAGUGCCGCGCAUGGAAGAGUACCGACUGAUACGCAUGACAAAACGCGACAACCUAUGCGACAGGGAGUGAUGGAUGCAGCAAACUUCGCGAUGCAAGUCGUGAGUGAUAUCACAGAUACAUAUGAGAAAUUAGGAAAUGCUCUAUCGGCAACGGCUCCCUUCCCUCGACUAAAGCCUCGCCUACGUCUAGCAGCCGUGCUAGGACCGGCAUGUCUGCUUUCAUUACUGACAACAAGUUAUGCUUUGAUGAAGAUCUGUACGCUUUUUGCUGGGUUUGCAUUCUUCGGAGACCCGAUAAUCAGACGAGGAAUCAAAUAUCUGAACCGCCAGUUCCCGAAGUGGCAGAAGGUCAUUGAGUUGCAGAAUUCUCUACUCAAGGGGAUUCCAACAAACGCCCAGGUGGCUGUUACCCUUCUCCGCAUCGGCGAAGCCAAUGCAUCACCACUACCACCUCCCCCAGCUUCCCAAGAAAGAGCACCCUCGCGUCCAGCCUCGUUACACCACGAGAAAUUGACCCUCGGAGCCACUGAUGCAGAAAUCAAAGAUGCCGCAUUAGUCAAACCUGAGCAUGAGGAAACUUCCGAGUCCAACUCCGAGUCAGAAAAGGCCCACAAGAAGACACUAGCAUCAAGCGUCCUUGGAUUCUUCCGGGGAACGACGGCCAGCGGAGUCGAAAGUAAAAGAGGCAUCGACCGCCUCCGAGCAGCAGUUGGCUCACGACACGCCAAGAACCGAGUCGGUGUCUUGCGUCAUAAGGGCAAGAUGAUAACGCCGGUCGGGCCAGUCUCAUUCGAUGCCCGCUACAAGGGCAAACGUGGCACAGCGGUCAUUGAUUCGACGAAGGAGCCUGCGCUCCUCUACUUCACAACCGAUACACUACAAAAUGGAGACAUUGAGCUAGAGCAUCGAAAGCCAGGAUCCGUUCUGUUCACCAUGCCCGUCUCCGAUAUCCAGGAAAUGAGAAAACUGGGUGGCAUGGGAUGGAAGGGGAAGUUGGUUGUUGGAUGGGCGCUUGGUAGUAAAGAGGUUGUCGAUGGGUUGCUCAUUACUGGAACAAAACCUAAGCAGACGUAUCAGCUUACGGCUAUGGGGACCCGGAAUCAACUUUUCAAUCGGCUUAUUGCUAUUGAUGGACAGGUUUGGGCUAGCUGUUGA